AUGUCUCCCUCUUCAUCCAACAACUACUCGUACGAGUACUUCAACGUCACCUUUCCCCAGCCCUACAUCGCGCACGUCGAGAUCAACCGGCCAGAGAAACUCAAUGCCUUUAUCGAGAUCAUGUGGCAAAACCUCGCCAAAAUCUUCACGCAGCUCUCGCACGACCCCUCCGUGCGCGCCAUCCUGCUCACCGGCGCCGGCGACCGCGCCUUCACAGCCGGGCUAGACGUGCACGCCGCCGCGCAGAGCGGGCCGCUCGCCGACGCCGAGAAAGAGGGCGCCAGUCAGGACGUUGCUAGGCGCGCCCUCUACAACCUCCGCCACAUAACCGACUUCCAAGCGUGCAUCACCGCGAUCGAAAAAUGCGAGAAGCCAACCCUCACCCUCCUCCACAGCCUCGCCUACGGCCUCGCGCUCGACAUCGCAUUAUCCACGGACCUGCGCAUAACCACCACUUCGACCCGCUUCGCCAUCAAAGAAGUCGACAUAGGCCUAGCCGCAGACAUCGGCACGCUGACGCGGCUGCCCAAAGCCGUGGGCAGCAUGGCGUGGGUCAAGGACGUCGCGCUGACGGGGCGCGUCUUCGGCGCCGAAGAGGCGCUGCGCGUGGGACUCGUGAGCGAGGUUGUGCAAGGCGGGAAAGAAGAGGGGGUGAGGAGGGCGCUGGAGGUGCUGGGGGUUGUGGCGCAGAAGAGCCCCGUGGCGGUUAGGGGCACGAAGGAGAUAUUGGAUUAUGGCUGGGGGAGGACGGUCGAGGAGGGUCUGCGCUACACGGCUGUCUGGAACAGCGCCAUGAUCCAGACGCAGGACAUCAAGGACGCGCUGCUCUCCGGCAUCCAGAAGCGGAAGCCCACGUUCGAGAAGCUGUAA